AUGUCCAACUUGCAUGUUCGUAAUGGGAUCUCCACGGUCGAACCGCCUCUUUCGCAGGCAGUGGGCUACAUCAUUGUUGUGUUAAUCGGUAUAAUCAUCGCUCUCGUGAUGAUGCUUGUGACAAAGAUCUUGAAGAAGACCACUGGAGAGGAUAACAAGAAGACCGAAAUGUUCAUGACCGCAAAUCGUACUGUGCGAACUGGUCUCACUGCAUCAGCCGUCAUCUCUUCUUGGCUUUGGUCGACAGCGCUCCUGGGCUCUUCAUUUGUUGGAUACGACUACGGUGUGGCCGGGCCAUUCUGGUUCGCUGCUGGUUGCAGCCCAAUGAUCGUGUUUUUUGCCCUUCUUGGCAUUUCGUGCAAGCGGAAGAUUCCUGAAGCACAUACGUCCCUAGAAGUAGUUCGGAUUCGAUAUGGUCGAGCCGCUCACAUUGUGUUCAUGAUUUUGUGUUUGAUCAAUAACAUAUUCGCUUGCGCAAACAUGCUUCUUGGAGCGGCUGCUGUCAUCUCUGCCGUAUCUGGCAUGCAUAUUAUUGCCGCAACCUUCUUGCUACCCGUCGGUGUUACGGUAUAUACCUUCGUUGGAGGGAUCAAAGCAACCUUCUUGACCGACUACUUCCAUACAGCUGUGAUCCUCAUCAUUGCUUGCUAUUUCUCUGUCAAGGCCUUUUCGGAUGACCAGAUUGGCUCAGUUGGGAACCUCUUUGAGCUCCUCAAAGCGGCAGCUGAGCGCCACCCUGUUUCUGGUAAUCACAAUGGGACCUAUUUGACCAUGACCUCAAAGAGCGCCAUCCUUUUCGGUAUUCUUCAUACCUGUGGCAACUUUGGCCUUGUUGUUAUGGAUACAAGCUACUUCAUCAAGGCUUUCUCUGCAUCGCCUGCUGCAGUUGUACCUGGCUAUACAAUUGGAGGUAUUGCCUACUUCGCGAUUCCUUGGGCCCUAGGCACAGUAAUGAGCUCUGUUGCCCUUGGAUUAGAAAAUCAGCCAAACUUCCCAACGUAUCCUAGACGAAUGACUACUUCUGAAGUCAGCGGUGGACUGGUUCUUCCCUAUGCAGCAAUGACCAUUGCAGGCAAAGGUGGGGCGGCUGCUGUUCUUCUCAUGACUUUCAUGGCUGUGACUUCUACACUCUCCGCACAGGUGAUUGCAGUCAGCUCAAUUUUAAGCUUUGACGUGUAUCGAGAGUAUUUCAAGAAGUCAGCCACCGACCGCGAUUUGAUCCGGUCGAGCCACUUUGGCGUCAUCUUCUUUGCCGCAUUCUCUGCUGGCUUCAGCACCAUGCUGCACUAUGUCGGCAUUGACCUCGGCUGGACUCUAUACAUGCUCGGUGUCGUUACUUGUCCGGGAAUUUUCCCAAUGGUUUUCACGGUUCUCUGGCGCCGCCAAAGCAAGGCCGCGGCAAUCCUCUCGCCCAUUCUUGGUCUUGCGACUGGACUUGCUGUGUGGCUUGGAACAGCAUCUCAUUUCGGAGGUGAAGUCUCCGUCGCCAGCACCGGUCAAGUACUGCCUUGUAUGUACGGCACGGUAGCGUCUUGCUUUUCGCCCAUUCCCUAUUCGAUUUUGAUCACCCUUUUGCGGCCACAAAAGUACGACUGGGCCGAUUUCCGAAAGGAGAAGCUGGCGCUUGAGAACUUGGAUAGUAACUUGACCACCGCUCAUGUUACGGGUUCUCCUGAUCACAGUGAAUCAAGUAGUAUCGAGAAUGGAGGUGUUCAAAGCGCUGCUUUGGAGUCGAAAGAGCUGAAAAGAUGGGGUCGUAUUGCGGCUUUCUGGUCGAUUGCGACAUUCCUGGGGCACUGGGUACUUUGGCCCUUGCCGAUGUAUGGAUCUCGCUAUGUUUUCGAGAAGAAGUUCUUUAUCGCUUGGGUCGUCAUUGCCAUUAUAUGGCUCUGGGGAACUAUGCUUGUCGCUAUCUUCUACCCGCUUCUUGACGGUGGCUUUCAGCAAAUUCGGCAGGUUUACCGAGGUCUUACUGGUAAGGAAAACAUAAGUUCCAGUGUUGAAGGUGCCGAAAAGGAAACAAAAGAUGAUCCAAAAGUCUUUCAUUCCUCGUCAUCUACAGGGUCAACCGACGAAGGCCAUCGGCAGCAGACGAUCAAGGCUGACGUUAUAUAA